UACUUCCCUAUAAAUACCUUCUCUUAUAAUCCACUUUCCAUCAUCAAAUUAGCAAUUCAAUCCUCUCUCUCCUCUUAAUACUAGAGAUAUCACAUCUUCCUCCACACACAAAUUUCAUCAAUGGCUACAGCUGAGGUUCAAUCCGUACCGGCGCCAGUCCCGGAGACUCUGCCAAAGGAGGAAGUGAUCGCCGUGGCGGAGCAAGAAACGGUGGUGGCCGACGAAGCUGCACCUCAAGAAGCACCUGAAGAAGUUGCUCCGUUGGAGAAACCAGCUGCGCCAGAGGUCGAGCCACCGGCUCCAGAAGCUGAGGCCGAGAAAGUUCCGGCUCCCGAGGCCGAGACACCAGAGGUUGCAACCGAGGAAGCAGCUCCAGAGAAGGAGGCUGAGAAGCCGGAAGCCGAGGCCGAAGAGGAGAAGCCUACGGCUGAGGUGGAGGCUGCAGCUCCGGCAGAGGAAGCCGCGGCCGAGGAAGAGAAGCCCGCGGCUGAGGAGGUGAAGGAGGCAGCUGAGGAAGUCCCAGUUGUGAAAGCUGAGGAGUGAGAUGGUAGAGUUGAUGUCAAGAAUGAUCCCUCAUGCACAAGUGGCCUAAGUUUGUUUAUUUCUAUAUCCUAUUAUUAUAUGUGGUUUUAAUUAUAAAUUUAGAAUAAAAAGUUAUGUAUGUCCAGUAAGAUGUGUGUGUACUUUUCCCCUGGAUAUUAAGUUCCCUUUACUCUUUAGUAUGGUUUGGUUGGUCUAUAAAGGUUAAAGGUCUUCUCUCACAUGUAUGAUGUACUUUGAGAUGAAAUAUUAAUGCUCCAUUUUGGUCUA